GCGGAAAUUAACGUAUGCUGUGUUUAUCAUGUAAAUUGUUUAUAUUAUUAACGUGCGUUAUCCAGAUUUUACAACGAAAUAUUUUAUUCACGCUAACACAACUAACAAUCCCCCUUUUUUGCGCAACUAAAUAAAAUCAGCGACCCAAAAAACGCUUUUUGUAAAUGAACGUGUUUGUGGAUCAUGUCCUGCGCAUAGUACUCAAAAUGGCGAUCGACGAACGAAAUUUCCGUUCCACUUACUACGAAAAAGUGGGCUUCAAAAGCGUAGAAGAAAAACGAUCCCUGGAAAUUUUAUUAAAAGAGAAACCUCUAGACCUAUCCAAGUUGAAACAAUUUUGCCUAAGAUUCGGUGUCCCGGCGGCCCACAGAAACUUGGUAUGGAAAUUGUUGUUGGGAAUUUUACCUCUCCAAGAAAAAUGUCACGAAUUCGUGACGGAACAACGAAAAGAAGAGUAUUCAAAUUUAAUUCAUGCCUUAAACGUGUUGAGGAUAACCAAAGAUCUUCCGAAGUCGAAAGUGUUCGUAGCGAUGUGGUUAUUACAGAACGGGAAGUUGAGGUUUGAGAGUAGCUACGAAGAUGAGAGGGGGUUGUUUGCCAUAAUUAAGUCGAUGAUGUUUCAUUUUGAGUACGAUGUCGAUGUGUAUUUAUUAGCGAAGGCGUUUUAUGAAACGGUGCAGAAAUUUCAGUGUGAAUUUCCUAAGCUUAUAGAGGCCACGCAUGCUUUAUUGGAAAAAGAGGAGUGUAAGCUUUAUAAACAUUUGUGUAAAAUCGAGGCAUUAGAUAGUUUGCCUUUAGAGAGUUGGUUUGAUUGUUGUUUUGCCGGUAUUUUGAAUGAUAUGGUGUUGGGCAGGAUAUGGGACAAAAUUGUUGGAGGUUCCUACAAAAUUCUGGUCUAUACUACAGUAGUCAUUUUAACCAGUUUGAAACACAAGUUAAUGAGAUGUAGCAGCUUAGAUGAUGUUGUACAAAGUGUUAAUAAUAUAUCUGAAGAAUUGGCAGAAGUUAUUGUGAACAAAUCACUCGAGUUGUGGCAACAACAAGGUAGUCCGCUAACCGUUUACGACAAGCCUAAACCAUAAACAAGUGUCUUAUUGUGAUGUUUAAAUGUAUAUUUUUUAUAAAGUUGUGUAAUUAAAGUUUUGUAUAUUUUGCAUCAAUUUAGGGUUUUUGUGUGUACAACGAAAAGUUAGGUUACCUUGGAGUUGUCAAACGAGAUAAGUUUCAAGUCCUACGUUGCAAAUAAUGUUAUCUGGUAAACAUGUAAGUUAAUCCAAGUCGAUUCUCGAAAGCCGUAUUAGUUUAGUUGAACUCGGGACAACUGUUUUUUUACUUUCACACAAAUCAUGAAAAUGUGAGGUUAUAACAAAUU